AUGCCGCCCUUUUUCCCGGAUAUCUCGCGCGAUAUCAACUCGUUGCUGAACAGGGACUUCUUCCAUGGGGCUCCGCUGAACGUUGCGGUCCGCACGCAGACGCAGAACGGCGCCAAGUUCACCGUACAGGCGAAGCAGAGUGCUGCCCGUGAGGGUGCUGUCGCCCCAAAUACUCCUGCGACUGCACCAACUAUGCCCACCGCUGGUCCUCUGCUUGCAAACAUACAAGGUAGGUGGACCGACAAGGCAUCUGGUGUUACGGUAACGCCGACAUGGACCACUGCAAACCAGCUGACCACUCGGGUCGAGCUCCGGAAGUGGGUCCCCGGUGUCACGACGGAGCUCGUUGCGCGGGCUGCGCCCGGGUCUAGAGACCCGCUGCCGACGCUGAACGUGCUCUCCGUCUCCCUGCUGAGGCCAUCUGUUGCAGCCAAGCUUGCCGCAAGGAACAUCUCAGCGGGGGCCGCCUCAUUGGGGGUGCAACUCACCGUCUCGCACGAGAAGUUCCUCACGGGCGGGGAAUUGCACUACGACGUCGCGAAAGGUAGAGUGUCGCGGUAUGCUGUUGCCCUCGCGUACGUCGGACGCGGACACACGCUCACCGUCUCGAUCAACGACUCGCAGCUGACCACGGCGUCGCUCUUCCAAAGAGUGUCCAGGGAUCUGGACGUAGGUCUGCGGACGACACUCAACGCAGGGAAAUUGGCACCGCAGAGCAGUACGCUGCAACUCGCGGCGAAGUACAAGCCGGACAGCACCUCGCAGGUCAAGGCCAAGAUCGCAGAUACGGGCAAGAUGUCGGUGUCCUACUGCCAGGACUUGAAACCGGGCGUGACACUUGGGUGCGGCGCCUCGCUCGACACGCUCCACUGGGACGCACAGACGGUGCACAAGGUCGGAUGGUCGCUCACCUUCAACCUAUAG